AUAUCCUGCACCCCUCGUCAGGGACAUCGAUUGAAUUCGAGUGAGCAGUGUUGUCGUACAAACAGAUCGAGCUCGAGUCUGUCUUUAGGAGAAAGUGUGUGUCUGUGUGUGUGUCAGAGCCUCAGGAGACUCAGGACACUCGCUGUGGUCGUUAGCUGCCAACAUGACGGAGGUGAGGCACCGAGGAGCCAGAGACACCGAGCCGCCACAGCAGCAGCCCUCAGAGGACAAGGGUUCAGACAGUGAGCGGAAGGGGGAAAAAUAUGUGGCGUCAGACACUCAGACCAAGGUGGACUCGGGGGUGCCAGUUCCUCCUGAUGACACCCCAGAGGUUCUAAACAAGGCCCUGUCUGGACUCUCCUCGAGAUGGAAGAACUGGUGGGUACGAGGCAUCCUCACACUGGCCAUGAUCUCCUUUUUUUUCCUCAUCAUCUACCUGGGCCCCAUGGUGCUUAUGAUGAUUGUCCUCUGCGUUCAGAUCAAGUGCUUCCAUGAAAUCAUUACCAUCGGAUACAGUGUCUACCACUCGUACCACCUGCCCUGGUUCAGGACCUUGAGCUGGUACUUCCUGCUGUGUGUAAACUACUUCUUCUAUGGUGAGACCGUGACAGAUUACUUCUUCUCACUGGUGCAAAGGGAGGAACCGCUUCGCAUCCUCAGCAAAUACCACCGCUUCAUCUCGUUCGCCCUCUACCUCACAGGUUUCUGCAUGUUUGUGCUGAGUUUGGUGAAGAAACACUACCGCCUUCAGUUCUACAUGUUUGGUUGGACCCAUGUGACUCUGCUGAUUGUGGUGACUCAGUCUCACCUUAUCAUUCACAACCUGUUUGAGGGGAUGAUCUGGUUUAUUGUUCCAAUUUCCUGUGUGAUCUGUAACGACAUUAUGGCGUACAUGUUUGGUUUCUUCUUUGGCCGCACACCGCUCAUCAAGCUGUCCCCUAAGAAGACGUGGGAGGGAUUUAUUGGAGGACUCUUCGCCACCAUUGUGUUUGGUAUCAUGUUCUCCUAUGUGAUGGCUGGCUACCGCUACUUUGUGUGUCCAGUGGAGUUCAACAACGACUCCAACAGAUUCCAGGUGGACUGUGAACCAUCUGACCUGUUCCAGCUGCAGGACUACACCCUGCCAGCCAUCCUGGAGUCUUUCACUGGAUGGACCACCGUGCGCCUCUACCCAUUCCAGAUCCACAGCAUUGCGCUCUCUUCAUUUGCCUCCAUCAUGGGACCCUUCGGUGGCUUCUUUGCCAGCGGCUUCAAGAGGGCCUUCAAGAUCAAGGAUUUUGCCAACACUAUCCCGGGACAUGGAGGCAUUAUGGACAGAUUCGACUGCCAGUACCUCAUGGCCACAUUUGUUAACGUCUACAUUGCCAGCUUCAUCAGGGGCCCCAACCCCAGCAAGGUGAUCCAGCAGCUCCUGGCCCUCCGACCAGAUCAGCAGCUCUCCAUAUUCAACUCCCUGAAGGCUCACCUGAUGGAGAAGGGCCUGCUGCCGGCGCUGGGGGGGGCCGCCGCCUAGAUCCGGCUGCAACCACAGCGGCUCCCCCUUGUAGGGGAGACAGGAGGGCAGCACCUGUGGGUGGUGGGCAGCCCUGGAGAUCUGGGAGAUUCACAGUGCUUUGUGAAAACACAACAAAGAAGAGAAAAAACAACAACAAAGAAGAGAAAAAACAACAACAAAGAAGAGAAAAAACAACAACAAAGAAAACCCGGAAAAAAAACACAGCCUUGGUUCAUUCCAUUUCAUUGACAUAUGAGGGUCAUGUGUUUGUGUUCAUAUAGUCUGUGAACCAUGUUUGUUACACCAGUGUUUUCAUGUUGCGUUAGUGAAUUACUGUACUGUUACACAUUUCCAUUAUUACCAACUUGUAUCUACUCAAACCGUUGAACAUAACGUCGGUCAGCUGUACAUUUCUACCCGUAUACAGGACAUCCUCUAUAAACCUAUUACUGUGUUCAUAUUUUAUUGUACAUUUCUUUGUUUAAAUGCACUGCUCGCACCCCUGUUACUCACUGUAUAAUUCCUCCACCUGCCCCCCCAGAUUUUUCAAUUUUAAUUUUUUCCUUAUUGUGAUUGUUUUUAUUUAUAAAUAGAUGUUUUUUAUAUUUGCUAUGUUCUAUUAUAUCUUAAAGGUUGUGUCUGUGUCGGGUUUAUUCAGACUUUUGCCAUCAUUUCAUGUUGAUAUAUGUGUGUAUGUGUCUUUUGUCUGUGUUUGCUGCCAUUCAACAUUUCAAAGCCUUUCGUGCUCAGUCAAUUCAUUUCAAUCAUAUUCUCCUUUGUUAUCUACGGAAGUUACGCUGAAGUAUUUGAUUGAAUCUGAUGAACAGAGUCCAGUGUCUUGAUUCCCAUCUAUUGGUGCUUUUGUUCAUAUAUUGGCACUUAAGCAGAGCUCAAUCUGCAAAAUGCUCUUUUAUUAUGAAUGAAGGCCAGACACAGUCCAUCCUUACCUGAUUGCCAUUUCCUGUUACGUUGAAUUUUUUGUUUUUAUUGACCCUAUUCAGUGUUUCUACAUAUUGUUUCAAAUGUAAAAUAGGGAACAGGUAUGUUCAUAAGGUGGUGGGAUUGUUUAUUAUGGCUACUAUUUGGGAUGUUGUUUAGUGGUAGUUGGAGUUACAAUCCACACACCCCACCCCAACCAACCAGCCAGCCAGUGUUCGUUCCCUGAGGUUCUGAAGCAGGAGUUAUUGAUCACUGGCCAAUAUUUCUCAGAUUUAGAAUAUAAACGCUUCUGUAUAGUUGGGUUCAUUUUUGUUUAAGAUUUCUAAUUUAACUGUCAAGGGGCACUGCACUGAUUCUUUAACAUAAACUACUACUCAAACUGCCAAAACAGUCGUAUCUUGUCCUGCUGACUGUAGAGUAACUUUCUUUUCAAGUCUGGGAAAUUAACCCUGAUGAUGUCAUGGUGAUGGCGUCCCAAGUUAUCUCGCUCUGAGCACAGGGAACAAUCUUACCUGACAGACUUUUAAAAACCUGUGCUGUGGUAUUUCUAAACAGUGGUAAUUCAAGAGCAGGAGAAAUGAUAAAAGGCUAUUAAUUUGGAUAGUGGGAAGUAUCUGCUGCAUCAAUUUCUGGAAUGUCUUGAGUUAACUCUUUCCUUCAUCCUUUCAUUGAUAAUAGGCCUUUUUUUUUACGUUAAAGCUUUGAAACUCAAACAGAGUGAGUUAUUAAAAGAAUGACUGUGCAAAUGUAAUCAGCUUAAAUACUCAAGUAUUAAAAAAAACGUUCAAUAGAUUUCAAAAGCCUCGAUUGUUAAUCUAGAUGCGGUCAACUUUAUCUGCAACUUGGGCUCAGACAAUGCAGAUUAGUGCAAACUAAGAAAUCAGCCAAUCACCUGUUCACGUCUGUUCACAGCCAUUAUUGAGUUUUGUCCAUUAGGUGUUCAUGUGUUUCUCCUUGUCAGUGAAGUGAGAUGGAGCAGUUUGUUUUCAGUGUUAAAUGACUGAACAGCAAUACGAGCCAUCACUGUCGUCUGUAGCUGGCAGGUGAAGCUCAGUAUCUCCAUGUCUCAUGGUAAUCAUAUAAAAAACAUGCUAUCAGAGCCACUGUAUAAAGCAAAAACGCUCUACAUGUUAUUUUUUUGCAUUUGAAUGUCUCUCCAUAUUUCUAUCGAUUGAUUGAUUGUCAUUCCAUUCAUGUCUGUGGUUUGACGUGUGUGAUAUCCAACCACGCAGUCUUUAACUUGACUUAUCUCAAAAUAUUUAUUUUAUUGACUGUAAGCAAACCACACCUUUUCAAAGUGACUAUAUUGUUCAUUGAAGAUAUUUAGAGACAUGUUGAGUGUUCUUUAGUAUUUUUGGUUAGAGGAUAAUUUAAGUUUUAUUAUUAUUGCCAUAUAGGAGGGGCAUUGAGAUUCUAGAAACGUAUUUUCUCUCUGUCUUUUCUUGCUGUGACUUUAGUACACGUUUUCUCUGCUCCUCCCUGGUAGCUGUUGUGUGAAUCAGCUUCUGAAGCAUUGUGGAUAGUCGUAGUGCUGCAUUGCACCGUCUCCCUCUUUGUAGACGUGGGAAGUUUCCUGAGAGAGGGUGUGAUAAUUCAUAGAUAGCUCACAUUUCUCUCUCUCUGUGGUGGUUUGAGGUGUUUUUCGGCCCCACGGCUCUGUACUGCCAUUUCUCUGUGUGGUGUUGUAGAAGGCCACUAGAGAGAGCUGGAGCUCCUGUGGCCGGCCACCCACUGUAACACCGAUGCUGCAUCUGAGCAGAAAGGUGUGACCCUUGUUACUGCCGUUAGAUACAUUCCAGUACCCCUGAAGUCGAGAGGAGUUGGACCAUGAGGGAUCAGUGAUGGUUUUUUCCUUGGCACUCAGGAAACCUCCUCCGUGCCAUAUCUAAUCAAGUCGGUUUAUUGUGAAUCCUGCCCUGCCAGGACCCUUCUGAAAGGAACGUAUGGGAGUGAUGAGUUCCCAACACUGUGUAGCCCCCUCCCCUGUGGACAACUAUUUUUGUGUUUAUAAAUUAUCUUUAAAAACUAUUUGAGUUCAGUAUAUUACUCUUAAACUGUGCAAUGGUUUGUGUUAAUUUGUUUGUCGAGUGCAAACUAAUGCUGAAAUGUGCUUUGCUUUGGUUCAGAGAAUAUUAAAGAUAUAUAUACCCAAAACAUCA